AUGGCUCUCACCCGCGCAGGCCGGGCGCUGGAAGCGCGCGUGGCGGCCCUGUCGGAAGAGAUGAACUCCAGGGACGCAGCCCACAAGCGGACGAUUCAGAAGCUCAUCGAUGAGACGAAAGAGCUGGAAGAGCAGAUGCAGGCACCGGCGAGCGCUUCGCCGGGCCUGCAAGGCAGCCCACUUCAAGGCACACCUCAACGCCUCACCCGCCUUGCUGGGACACCAGAGACCCGCAGCCUGCGGCUGCGCGGCACACCGACUCGGAGCCCAGCGCACCCCAAGACCCCUUCGCGCCGGGAUUUGAUCCUCGGCGACAGCUGGGAGUCGCGAGAAGCCACGCGCAGAAUGCACUACUCGGACUUGUACCCCGAGGACUUCGCCGUCAACAUGCAAAGGCGCACGCCUGCGAAGCCGGCGAGGCAAACAGAGUGCCAGCGAGAUCAGACGCUCUCCGCGUUCAAGCGGGCACAGCAGGAGCCCGAAGGGAACGACGUGAGCCACCACCUGAUGCAGUGCCACCGCGACUGGUGGCAUCAUCAACGGCAGAUGCUCAUGAAGGAAGUGGAACGGCAGGUCAGGCACAUCGACUUCUCGCAUCCGGGCCCAAGAGUUCCUACACUCCCCAGGCAUCAGAGCCACCAAGCUUAA